AUGGCACCGACCGAGGCAACCAUCCUCUCCAGCUUCCUCCUGCCUCCCGCUCCCCUGCCCUCUCUCAUCUCCCUCAAAGCCUUUACCGAGCUAUUCCCACGCUCACAGCAAGCUUCACCUCAGAUUAAAGCACUAUAUCGGGAUCUACAACGGCAACGUGCCCGGCUUACUGAUGCAGUUGCGCGCAACAUAGCUACAGAAGUUAAACGAGGGAAUGCGCAGCGACGGGCAGUUGUAAGGGCGCGGAGACGGGCGGAAAAUGAGGAGCAGGAUGAUGAAGCCGAUAUUGAGAAUGCCCUGUUUGGCCCGGUAUCGAGUUUACCGACCUCUAGGCCGCAUACUUUGACAUCGAUACUACCUGACCUGGAGAGCGCUGCUGAUGAUGUUGAGGAUGAGAUCCUGAGGCUUGAGGAGGAGGCGGAUACUCUCCUACAAGACAUGCAAGGCACUGCUGGAGGGCUAAGUGACCUACGGUAUGGUAGACUGGCGAAUGAGAAACUCCCAGGGCAGAUCUUGGAAGGUCUAAAUAGAUUGGAGAGCGCUUGCACGAAGACAUGA